CUCUCCUCCUCUCUCGGUCCUUCCUUCCCAGGGUUCAAUGAGCGCUGUGUGGCCCCACCCCGUGUCUCUUCAGCGCUGUCUAUCUCCUCAAUGUAGGCUACUAUUCUCGGAGGGAGAGAAAGCGAGAGAGAGAGAAAGGGAGAAAAUAAUAACCUCCAAGAAUUGGUUUUUGCUGUCUUUCACCUUCCUCAACCAACGACCAGGAGGGGAGCGGCCUUCACGGUGGGAAUGUGCUGCUACAACCCCGCGUCCUAUUUUUUUUCUGAAUGUAAAUGCACAUGUAGUUUCAAGCCUGUAGCCUGUUUUCCCACCUCGGAUUCAAGGAGAAUAUAUGUAAAUGUUUAUUUGUUUGACAGUCUGUAGGUGUUUAAACAUAUCGGCCGUAUGUAUAGACUCUAAAAACUGAGCCUGACAGCGGGGGUUGAUUUAUUUUUUAUUUUUUUCCUUCUGCAAGAAACGUGGAAACAUUUCGAGGGAUUCUUACAUCUUUGUCACGUCUUCUUUUUUCGUUUGUAAUUUUUUUGCAAUUAUUAUUAUUAUUUUUAAAUUUUUAAUCUUGGAGGGAUUAAUCGGAUCCGAGCCUGGAAUCAAAGAAAAAAAUCGUCUAUUGGUGCGCAGUUUUGGAGGCUUGGUGGUGAUGUGAGGAGCUGAUAACACAUUUCACCAACAAAAGCGAGGGGCAGAGAGAGAAGGCCUUUUGGAGGAGAAAACACUGCAAGGAGCAGGCAUCGCAAAUAAGGAGGACAAAUUAAGGGGAAUUGGAUCGUUUCAGAAUUGAAGGUGGUGGAUUACCAAGACGAAAAGACAACCGCAACGAGUUUGGAGCUGUCUUGGCCUGAAUUGAUGCAGGGAAUAAAGAAGAGCCGGAUGACGACGGACGCAAGACUAUCACACAUGUAGCGUUGGGUGUAAAUAUUAUAUCCCUUCCUGCUGUCCCACUGGGUCCCCGACGAAGACAGCCGUCGGGGAGACAUAUAUAUAUAUACAAAGAGUAUAAGAAUACACCUAUGGAAAUGUUUAUUCUGAAAGGCGACGUGGAGACGAGCCGCGCCACAGCACGGGCGAGCUUUUCGGACACGCCGAUUUCGGCUCCUUGUCACGGGCAGCAGUGAGACGCAAGACCCGGGCUUUUGGACAUGCAAAUUAGGUUGUUUCUGCUGCCUCCGUUUGAGGUGAAAUCCAGGUUUUUGUUAUCGUAACAAACCUUGUGGAUUACAAUUCUUUAUCCAGUAGACAAGGGGGAGAUUUUUGAAGAAACAAUACAAACGCUAUAGUGCACGUGAAGGAGGAAAACUCGAGCAGAAUUCAGCAAACUGAGAAGGCGGCCUCCGUGUCGUCAGCAACAGUAUCCUGCCCUUUUUCUGACAGCAAAAUACGCUUUAUAGACACAUCAUUUAUACUGAUCUGAACCACGGAUAGUUGUGGAACAGACCAGGAUCGUUAAACUGUGUAAAUGUGGGUAACAUUGUUGCCAAAUCCGCGGGUUAAACGAGGGAUCUAAACUAGUUCAAUUUAUUUAUUUUUUUUUCUACAUAUCCCCCUCCCCUCCACUACUUCUUCUACCACCUCCUCUUCCUCCUCCUCCCCUGGACCCCCCUUUUUUUCUUUUUUCUUGCGGGAAGAUGGGUUGUUUGGGCAACAGUAAGACCGAAGACCAGAGAAAUGAGGAGAAGGCACAAAGAGAAGCUAACAAAAAGAUAGAGAAACAGCUCCAAAAAGACAAACAAAUAUACAGAGCGACACACAGACUACUACUUUUAGGAGCCGGAGAGUCAGGAAAGAGCACCAUAGUGAAGCAAAUGAGGAUUUUACAUGUCAAUGGCUUCAAUGCAGAAGAAAAGAAGCAGAAAAUUCAAGACAUCAAGAAUAAUAUCAAAGAAGCUAUUGAGACCAUCGUAACAGCCAUGAACACACUCACACCACCAGUGCAGCUGGCAUGUCCAGAGAACCAGUACCGGAUCGAAUACGUCCUCAACCUUGUCAACCAAAAGGAUUUCGAGUUUCCAUCUGAGUUUUACGAUCAUGCGAAGACAUUGUGGCAGGAUGAAGGGGUCCGGGCGUGCUACGAAAGAUCCAACGAGUACCAGCUAAUUGACUGUGCACAAUAUUUUCUAGAUAAGAUCGACAUUGUAAAACAGAGUGAUUACACUCCAACGGAUCAGGAUUUGCUUCGGUGCAGAGUACUGACCUCAGGGAUCUUUGAAACAAGAUUCCAAGUGGACAAAGUAAAUUUCCAUAUGUUCGAUGUUGGUGGUCAAAGAGAUGAGCGCCGGAAAUGGAUUCAGUGCUUUAACGAUGUAACGGCUAUCAUCUUCGUUGUGGCCAGUAGCAGUUACAACAUGGUGAUCCGAGAGGACAAUCAGACCAACCGUUUACAAGAGGCCCUCAACCUCUUCAAGAACAUCUGGAACAACAGGUGGCUGCGGACCAUUUCUGUCAUCUUGUUCCUAAAUAAACAAGACCUGCUCGCAGAGAAAGUGCUGGCAGGGAAAUCCAAAAUUGAGGAAUACUUCCCUGAAUUUGCUCGUUACUUCACACCUGAUGAUGCAACACCAGAGCCUGGAGAAGAUCCACGUGUUACAAGGGCAAAAUACUUCAUAAGAGACGAAUUCCUGAGGAUCAGCACAGCAAGUGUGGAUGGGAGGCAUUACUGUUACCCCCACUUCACCUGCGCCGUCGACACGGAGAACAUCCGCCGCGUCUUUAACGACUGUCGAGACAUCAUCCAGCGGAUGCACCUGCGGCAGUACGAGCUGUUGUGAUGGGAGAGGAAAGGUCUCCACCCAAAACCUGAAACAGAUCGGACUUCAAAAAAGAAAAAAAAACACUGAAUUUUGAUAUGUGUGAGCUCCUGUGACAAAAGGAGGAGGCAGUCAACACACACGCACAUACACACACACACACACACACACAUAUAUAUUCAGUAAACACACCCAGAACUGCCCCUGAUGCAAACUCCCUACCUGAUACAGAAAGAGCUAUUUUGAUGACAGGGUUUCAGGGGCUACAUCAUAAAGAGACUCUGAUCUCCACCUUCAGCCAUAUUCCAAGCUCCGUCACCUUUGUCAUUAUGUAUCGUACCCUGUACACAUUACCUUCACCUUUCUGAGAGCUGUGAACGGCCCAGUGUGGACCGUGUUUCCUGCAGUUGCGAUUGUAGGAUUUUCCCUGUUGGUGAAAAGCAAGAGAGCUAAAACAUCAAUGCAACUGGGAAAGAGAUAACUGUUGAAUUAUUGCAAAAAGAAAAUAAAUGUAUCACAACAGAUCCGCUGAACACUGUAUCUUACACACACACACACACACAAAAAAAGAAAAGGAAAAAAAACACAAGCACUGUGCUCAGGACUUGACUUGAACCGUGUUCACCAAACCUUCCUAUCACUACGACAUCUUUAAAUCCAACCAAUCUGCUUGCACAGAAACGUAUCACACCUGCUUUUUAAAGGACAGCAUGACCGGAGGGAAUCUGGAGGUGCUUUUCUGGUGACAAGUGGCGGGCUUCUUCAGCUGCCCACUAAUUUGUCCUGAAGGGCUUUGAGAUUAAAUGGAUCAAGUGGCUGUGCAACUAGCCCCGAAGAGCUGCAUUACCACGGACUAAACGGACCACGAGUGUGUUACAGAGACUACAGGGUGGGUAGGGCUUUGGAAACAGGACACACCUGACUGAUGUGAAUUUCUUUGGAGUUCAGACAUCUUAGACAGGGAAAACAACGACUUCUCCACAGAACUGUUUUGCCACCUGACUCUGCCUUGUUGGUAGUGGAGCAAAAUGUGAGGAGGAUAUAUUGAAUUUAAAAAGAAAAACAAAAUGAAACAAAAAAGCCAACUUUUUUGGAAUUUAAAUGGAGGGCAAAAAGUUCCCUUCUUCAGUACAGUAUCAUAUAAGUUAAUGAGAACUCUCAUCUUGUUUUAUUGUCUCCACAGCUGUUUUUGUCUGUGUAGACCUUUGUGCCAUUGUGCCCUGUGCGCUUUUUCUUUACUCUGUCAUUCUCUCCUUUUUUCCACCCUUGACACCCUUGUUCACUCUCCUCUUUCUUCCCCACAUCCUCUUUCUCCUCUUCCUCCUCUCUCCCCGUCUUUCCAGUUGCACUUUCCUGGCAGUGUUUGUUUAAGGAGAAAAUUAAAUAUUUAAACCUGGACUAUGAAAAAGAAAAUGACAGCAAACCGAAUUUUAUUGUUUUGUUUUUUUUUUUGUGUGUGUGUUUUUUUUUUUUUUUUGUUAUUUGUACUCGUGGUUGAACAACCUGCCCAUAGCUCCCUGCCUUUCCUCCCCCAUCAUUCCUCCAUCUUUCCCCCAACCUCUUACCCCUUUGUAUGUCUGUCUUUACUUUACUGCUGAACUAUUAUUCUUGUACAGACUGUAAAAUGUAUUAUUUUGUACAACUUUAUUGAAAAAAAAAAAAACUUUUAGAAGAUCCCUGUGCCUUGAUCACGACUGUACGUGUGUAAUGAGCUAAAGUGGGUGUCAUACUGCGCUGUAUAGCUUGGCCAAUACCCUCCUAAAUCCCUGCCUCCCUUGCUUCUUCCCUUUCUUUCUUUAUCCCUUCCUCUUUGUCUCUAUCUUGCUUUUUCCUCUGUCCUCGCUCUUCCUCCCCGAAGAUUGUGGACAACCAUUUGUAGCUUUUGUAGUUUUAUUUCUCUUCCCUUAUCCUUCCCAUUCUCUCAUUAUGAUUUAAAUGUCUAUUUUUGGAUCCAUAUACCCCAAAAAGAUAAAUAUAUGAAAUGUAUAUGGGUUUAAAAAAAAGUAUUUUAUUAGAAUCAAAUGAACCUUGACAAAUUGUACACUUGAUAGUGUGCGUAUUGCUAUAACUUAAAUCCUUUCAACUGAA